AUGGACGCCCUAAAGUCUCUCGGCGACGCCACCUUCCUGCCCAGUGAGCGAGCCAUGUUGAACAUGCUCAAGGGGGUGCUGGAGUAUCCAGCCACCAUGGAAGCGCGAGCUGCCAAGAUUGCCAACGAUAUCCUCCACUUCUACCUGGACAACACCCAUGAUGACGAGGUUGGUGGCAUGCUGUUUGCCUUGUGGGGAGUUUGGCUUGAGCUAGUCUCCUGCAUCCUACAUGGGCAUGAGUGGCAUCAAUGCCUAGCUCUUGCCGUCGACUUUGUCCGCCAGGACGAGAGAGCCGCCGGCAAGGGGCUCACGAAAUGGCCUGAUCCUCCUGAACUUUCGAUGCGCCUAACCGAGCAAUGGGAGCUAAAGCCUGUGGAAGGUGAAGAGAACGACUCUGUUGGUCUCUCUGCCUGGAAAAACCUCAACUCCUUCAUGUCUCACCUCGUCAGCCGUGGCCUCGUACAGCAAGUUCACUUGCCCAUCUGGGAGAUUCGCUCAGCUCUCGAAGAGCCCGCCGCAAAGGGACCUUUGAUGGAUUGCCGAGUCUGGGUUGCGACGGAGUGGACUCUUCACUGCAGCGACACGCUGGAAAAGGAAAUGAAGAGCACUAAUGAAGAGCUCACUGAGGAUGAAGCCGGUAUCAGGGGGACUGGUCAGCUUUGUGACGACAGCAUCACGCCUCGAAGCUUGCAGCGAUGGGAGUUCUGGAAGGAGCGGCUAGCUGAAAUUGCAACGGAGGCUGAUGACCUUGAAUGGCAGUCUUAG